AUUUUUUUAUUUUUCUUGAGGUAGUUGGCGAACAAAUUUUUUCAAAUUUGGCCCGGUCGGACCUGCAAAUGUUGCGCCCUCUCUCCCACGCCUCCCGUAACACUAGCAAUCAACUAUGUGGAGAUCGACAUCGGUGUCUAGGCUUCUCCAGCGAAGGCUCACAGGCGCUCCAGCCCGGUUCCUGCGUGCCGACCACCAGUUCAAUCCCCUCUUGGCCCAAUCGCGGGCCAACCUGUGCUCGUCUGUCUCCUCGCACUCCGGCGAGGAGCCGACGGAAUCUAUAACCCAAGCUGACGCGAAGAGAUUGAUGCGGCUUGUCAACGUGGAGGCUCUGAAGAGAAGGCUUGGGAUGGAGGGGGCGGAGGUUAUUGGUUACUCGAAGCUGCUCGAGGCAUGCGAGGAAGUGGGUGUCGCGAGGAGCAAAGAGGAGGCAGAAGCGUUCGCUAGGGUCUUAGAUGAGGCUGGGGUCGUGCUGCUGUUCAGAGAUCAGGUUUACCUUCAUCCUGAUAAGGUAGUGGAUCAAGUGAGAAGGGCAGUCCCUUUUGCUUGGUCACCCACAAAUGAUCCUCGGCACGAAGAGCUAAACCAGCUGCAGAAAAAGAAAGAAGAGAUUGAUAUGCUCGCUCACAAACAAGUUCGAUGCAUUUUGUGGUCCGGUCUGGGUUUCUUUGUUUUGCAGGUUGGGCUUUUCUUUAGGCUCACCUUCUGGGAGUUCUCUUGGGAUGUGAUGGAACCCAUAGCAUUCUUUACUACUACAGCUGGAAUCAUAGUUGGCUAUGCCUAUUUUCUUUUUACUUCCAAGGAUCCAACCUAUCAGGAUCUGAUGAAGAGGCUUUUCCUUUCAAGACAGAGGAAGCUACUACAGAAGAAGAAUUUCAACAUGGACAGGUUAAUGGAACUGCAAAGGCAUUGCAAAUCUCCAUUGGAACGUCAUACAGGAGAGAUGGGCAUAAACGCUCGAUAGAAACUAAAUUUUACCAUACCAUUAAGGUAGAAAAACUGAUCAAUUUUGUUGCCGUUGUUAUAGAGAAGCUAAGGAAUUUUUUUCAACCGUUUAAGCUUUGAAGCUUUGGUGUAGUCAGGGGUGGCAGCAGAGCAAUUUGGCACCUGUUACUAGAAAUAUUUUCUGACCAAUUCUCUGCUUUAAUGGGAAUGAAAAAUUAACUCCAACAACGUUCAAACAAACUGACUGCUCUUAAUGCAGUUUAUACAUCAUCAAUGCAUUUCCUGCUCUUAUCGU